CUCUCUACAAUACUCAUAGUUAAAGCGUAUAAUAUACACAUAAAAAGCCAUUUUUUCAAGGUUUAUUUCCUAACUUCACAUAUAGGAAACAUUACGAUUUGUUUUUAUAGUUACGCUCGACAUAUGGUAAUUAUACUGAUUAAAUAGAAAUAUAUAUGAUGUCACUUGUGGAAGAAGUCAAGACAAAUUAUCACUUAGUGGUGUCACCAGAAUAUGUAGAAAGGGCAAGACUCCUGAAGAAUGAGUUAAGUGCGGUUGACGUCUUUCAGAUGGCAUUAACGGAUGAUCUUAAGAAAGUGAACCACUCAAGUACACUCCCAUUUGGAAUCGCAUCGCAAACAAACUCUUCCAUUCCUUAUUCUGUAGUUCUUCAAGUCAAAAGCGCACGGGAUGCUACGCAAGCGUUGCGCCCUUGCUUAGAUUCUGCAGACGAGGAGGACGUCUUUAAUUCGGUUUUUCAAAAGACGACUAAUCACCGUUUACUUCGACUUGUCUUAACAGAUGGGUACACGGAUAUUCCUGCCAUUGAAUUAUCCACCCUUAGUAUAUUUAAGGGUAUCCCCGUCCCGGGAGAAAAGAUUCUCGUUAAGGGUGGAUCUAAAGUGCUCAACGGAUCUAUUAUCAUGGUUGAGGAUAGUGUUAUCCCUCUUGGUGGCGAGGUUAAAGAGCUGAAGCAGGAAUACCUUGCCCAGCGAAGACGCGUGAAUGCGGGAUGCCAAGUAAACAAGGGAUUAGAGGGUGCGCCAUGCUUUGUCCCACUGCAGACGGAAAGCCGAUUCAAGACACACAGUUCUGGUGAGUCUGGUGAACGUUACGGGCAUCACGAUCCGUCGAGUAAUCGUUAUCGACCUUCUUGUGGUAGAGGUCGAGGUAAUGGAACUAGUAAAAAUCAACCGAACCAUAAGUUUCCUUCUCAUCGCAAAGCACAAAACCGUGAUGAAUCGUAUCGCGGCAACACCGCAGCAUCGUUUCACUCAUCUUUCCCGCGAUAAAGGGCAAAUCGUGAUGGGUACGGUAGCUUUUGAACUGAUAGAUGCGAUGUGAAUUCAGUUUGUCGUUGUAAGUAGCUUGUCAUGGCUGUACGGCAGGGCGUAUAGAACAAGCUAUUCACUUUUUAGCUAGAAGGCCUUUUUGUUAUCAUUAUGAAAGCAUUUCUUCAAAGGAACAUUCAUAUGAUAAAAAAAUCUAUCCCCCCCCCCUCCCCCGCUACCUUUCAAAAAAAAAUUCAUAAGGCUUAGCAACAAUAUUCGGCUAAAAUGGUCUGAUAUGCCUGAGAGCUAAUAGUAGAGGAGGUAACUUUAAAUUGCGGAUUCCCUUUUGAAACAGUAUGUCUUAAGGUACUCUUCUAACACUAGUAGUUAAGUUACGAUUUCCUCACACAUCACCCUUUUCAAAUUUCUGACGUCAGCAGAAAUACCUCAAAUUAUCGGAAACUAGUUUUGAAAAGGCAGUAUCUUUCUUGAAAGUCGUAUGAUAGCGUCCUUGAAAAACAUAACUUACGACAUCAUCAUUUUCUUCUUGUUCACAUCUGCUGAGUAAUGUUGUGCGGAAUCGUAACACUCAAAGUCGGGCUUAAUUUAGUUAAUUUUGGAAGAAAGCUAACAUGAAUGGA